AUGUUCUUCUUAUUUGCCAAUUUCAUCGCCGCUGUGCCCGCGCUGGCCGUUCCUUUCACUACAACUGCCUUUGAUAUAGCCACCCGGGAAACAGCACCAACACCGUCACCGACUUCCGGCCCAUUGACGAAAACAGAGUCCGUGACGCUUUAUAGUGUCAGAAAUUCUGUCCUCACCAUCCCGAGCCAAGCUACUCCCAUGGUAGCUGUUCCGCCGUGCGUGCAGACAGCUGUGCCCGACGCGAAGGGACAAAUUGCCCCUGGCGAAUGUGGUGCCAUAUGGAGCUAUUACCCUAUCUUUUGGGCGGCACUCGCCGUGGCCUGCUUGUUCGGGUUCCUAGUCGCGGUGCAUGUUCUGCAGGCGGCCGUGUUUAAAAAGGUUUACGUGGUGCUGGGUCAUUAUCAUGGCCACUACCUGGGAGAUGACGGCCAUAGUAUUCCGUACGUUAAGCUCGAGGAGCCGGCAGAGUAG